CUAAUUCGUUUCAGUACAUUACUCACAGCUACAAUACAACUAAAUUGCAACUUCUUCUUACUCAGCCAAAACCAUAGGCUUUCCCGGAAAGUAUACAACGACGACGAUGACUGACCACAACCUGAAGUAGAAAAAUCUGUACUAGAUGUUUUCUAAUUAACCAAACAAAACAACAAUACCAAAACCCAUUUUCUAACUCGUGGAAUUUUUUAUUUCUUUUUUUGUUGAGAAUUUCCAUUGAUGCUGGUUCGGAUGCUUUGAGUUGAGUAGAAUAAGAAGAAGAAGUUAGAACCUUUAUUGUUGAGACUGGGUCGGGUUGUGAGAAAUUCGAGAAGAUGGGGGCGUCGCUCUCUGGCAUGAGUGAAGGCUCUAAUGGUUCUACUCUGGGUCCUGGCCUGGGAGAUAUACCGGAGAGUUGCGUAGCUUGCGUUUUUCUCUACCUCACUCCGCCGGAGAUUUGCAAUUUGGCGCGUCUCAACCGGGCCUUUCGCGGUGCGGCUUCAUCUGACUCAGUUUGGGAAAAAAAGUUGCCCACUAAUUAUCAAGAUCUACUCAAUUUGUUACCUCCCGAGAGGUGCCAAAACUUGUCGAAGAAGGACAUUUUUGCUCUGCUCUCGCGUCCAGUUCCCUUCGACGACGGCAAUAAGGAAGUAUGGCUGGACAAAGUCACGGGUAGGGUUUGUAUGUCAAUAUCAGCAAGAGCGAUGGCAAUAACUGGUAUCGAAGAUAGAAGAUACUGGAAUUGGGUUCCCACGGAAGAGUCAAGGUUCCAUGUUGUCGCUUAUUUGCAGCAAAUCUGGUGGUUUGAAGUAGAUGGGGUGGUGAAGUUCCAUUUUCCGGCUGACAUUUAUACUCUGUCCUUUCGCCUUCACCUUGGAAGGUUUUUCAAAAGGUUAGGACGACGUGCUUGCAGUUUUGAGCACACCCAUGGUUGGGACAUUAAACCAGUGCAAUUUGAGUUGUCCACGUCUGAUGGUCAGCAAGCAUCAUGUCAGUUCUGUUUAGAUGAGAAGGAGCAUGAUGAAAUAAAUGGAAAUCAUAAGCGGGGUUGCUGGAUAGAGUACAAAGUAGGAGAAUUUAUUGUCACUAAUUCUGAACCUGAAACUGAAGUUAGAUUUUCCAUGAAGCAGAUUGAUUGUACGCAUUCCAAAGGUGGACUCUGUGUAGAUUCUGUGUAUAUUAUCCCUAGUAAUCUGAGAGAACGUAGAAGAAAGGGAAUUUGAAGUAGCUACACUCACCCAUAAGUUUGUUAAUGAUCGAAGAAGAUAAGUAGUCAAGUUUUACAUUACAGCUUAUACUUCUGAAAGUCUUUCCAGGUUUUAGAGGAUUCAUCUUAUUUGUUUAUCUUUUUUUUUUUUUUUUGUAGGCAUGUAUCCUCUUGUUAUGUAGUCCUCCUUUCAUUGAAUUUGAUCCAGUUUUGUUUCAUUCUAUACCUUUUCAGAUUAACAGUCAGAAUAUUACUAUACUAUUUGUUCAUUACUUCUUUUUCCCUCUUUUUUCAGUUGGUUUCUGUAAAGUGUUUGUUAUCUUAGGAUCCUAAUGAAUACUAUUCUUUCAGAUGUUUCAUCAAGGGAAAAGAUUUCUGUUUUACUA